UAUAGAUUUUAUAAUUCUAAAAUUCUAAAAAUUUAGAACAAUUCAAUACGGAUAAAAUUUUAAAAAAUUGUUGUUCAAUUUGGACUGUCGCAGUCCUUACAUGCAAUUCCCCGGCGGCGGAAUUUAGGAAUGUCAAGAUGACAGAGGCCCGGCGCUGGUGAUAACUUUGACGCCGGCUGCUGGAAGCAAUCGGACGAUAUUAUCGGUAACGGUAGCUUCGCCGGGAGGUAAGAAUAUCUUUAAUGGAGCAGCAUGCAAGCUAUAGAAAAAAUCGAACUCAACCGAUUUUCGGUUCGGUUCUAAGAUAUUGAAAAAACAAUCAGGUAGGCAUAUGAUUUUCUCACUGGUUAUUUGCAUAUUAUCAAGAACUACUCUAAUUUAAUAUUUGCAUAGUUAAUUAGUGAUUAAUUAGAUAACAUAAGAUUAAUUAUAUGCAUAUGUUUGGAAAUUACUUUAUAAUUGUCAUAUUUUGGUUGAAUUGCAUUUUGCAUUUAAUAAUUGGUCAAUUCUGUGUGCAUUUGUUAAUCAUUAAUGUCAUGAUGGCUUGAAAAAGUUAAAUUAAGCAAAUAAGACUGCUCAGUCUUUUUUUCUUAAUACAGUUUCUUGCUUAAACAAGCAAUGGAAAUAACUUAUAAUUACUUGCUGAUUCUUGAAGACUAUUCUAGACGUAAAUUACAUGUAUUUCGCCGGCUAAACAAAUAUUCUUCCCCGGGUAGGAACUCAUUUUCGCUGGAUUAUAAAUCUAGUCUUUUAAGUUCCCUAGAUUGUACCACUAACUACCCAAAACAAAACUUAGAGAAUUAAGUAGAGAUAACAAAAAGAUUCAAUGAUCUUUGCUUAUAUCUUGAUGCGUGUGAUUAUUGUCUUCGCAUACCUCUGUGAAGCAGCAGUUUCUAUUGAGAUUGAUGAGCAGGCAUUGUCUUAUUUCAAGGCCAAGAUUAGUGAUGACCCUCUUGGGGUUAUGCUUUCAUGGAACAGCAGCACCCACUUUUGUCAAUGGCAUGGUGUGACGUGUAGUAGUCGACAUAAACGAGUGGUCAUGUUAGAUCUGAGUUCGUCAUUUCUUGUAGGUUCCAUAUCACCGCAUAUUGGAAAUUUAAGCUUUCUCAGGGUUUUAAAUCUUCAAAAUAAUAGCCUUAGUCAAGAAAUUCCUGCGGAAAUCGGGCGCCUCCGUAGACUAGAAGAGUUAAUGUUGAAUAAUAACUCAAUCGGCGGACAGAUACCUUCUAACAUAUCGCGCUGUUCUAACCUUGUGUUUAUUAAUAUUGCUAGGAAUAAGUUGGAAGGCAUUAUUCCUGAGGAGCUAGGCUCUUUGUCAAAGAUGGAAGCUUUUGGUGCAAAUAACAAUCAUCUAACAGGAAGCAUCCCGUUUUCUUUUGGUAACUUGUCAUCUCUUGUGAAGAUUUUUCUGAACACUAAUUUUUUUGAUGGCAGCAUCCCAGAAUCCCUUGGUAGAUUGACAAAUCUUACAGAUUUUUGGGUAGGAGGCAACGGGUUAUCUGGAGACAUUCCUCUCUCACUCUUUAACCACUCUUCUUUGAUCAAUUUCAAUGCGGUAGUUAACCAAAUUCAAGGGGUUCUUCCAUCAAACAUAGGAAUUACUCUUCCUAAUAUUCGCCAUUUCUCCAUCUCUGUUAACCGGAUUACCGGUAUUAUUCCACUUUCAAUAGCCAAUGCUUCCAAUCUAGAGAUACUUCUUAUUUCUGAUAACCAACUCAUCGGAGAAGUUCCUUCUUUGGAAAACCUUCAUCGGCUACAACACAUAAGCAUUACCAAGAAUCUUCUUGGAAAUAGCCUAAGCUUUCUGUGCUCCUUGAGGAAUGCCACCAACUUGCGAAGCUUGAGCAUAAAUUUUAACAAGUUUGAAGGGAUUUUACCAGAAUGCAUUGGUAAUUUGUCAGGAACUCUAGCAGUUUUAACCGUCGAUAACAACAGAUUAUUUGGAAGCAUUCCAGUUGCGAUUGGCAAUCUUGUCAACUUACAGAGGCUUGACAUGUGGAAUAAUCAAUUAUCAGGUGAUAUCGACUUCAUUGGAAAACUCCACAACUUAGUGUAUUUGCAGUUACAGUACAAUAGUAUUUCUGGUGAAAUCCCAAACUCUCUAGGUAACUUAACUAAGUUAACCUUUCUAAAUCUUCGAAAGAAUAAUCUUCAUGGAAGCAUUCCUUCGAGUAUAGGUAAUUGCCGAACUCUGCAGGAACUCGCUCUCUCAAGCAACAAUCUCAAUGGCUCCAUAACCCCGCAUGUAUUUCUCAUUUCAUCCUUAUUCUUGCUCGAAUUGUCUGAUAACCAUUUUACCGGUGGUGUUCCUAGCGAGAUUGGGAAUUUGAAAAACCUCGGUAAGCUUCUUUUUCAUGCAAACAUGUUAAGUGGGGAAAUUCCAACCGCUCUUGGCAGUUGUACAAGCCUUGAGAUGCUAUACUUGCAGGGUAAUUCCUUCCAAGGCCCUAUUCCUUCAUCCUUGCAUUCCCUAAGAGGUCUUGAAAUUCUAGACAUUUCUCACAACAAUUUAUCUGGCCAAAUUCCUGAAUUCUUGGCAACAUUUAGUUUUCUUAUCAAUUUGAAUUUAUCUUUCAAUGAUUUUGAAGGAAUGGUGCCAACUGAAGGGGCAUUUAAGAAUUCAAGUGCUACUUCACUUGUUGGAAACACUAUGCUUUGUGGCGGUAUGCCCGAGUUCCAUUUACCUUCAUGCAAAUUAAAAAGGAGGAGAUUGCUUGUUAUUAUUACUUGUUCUGUUGUUGGGUUUCUCUCGGCAGUUUCUGUGGUUGCCUUGCUGUUUUUUGUCAGGUUACAAAAGCGAACUCGUUCAUCUACUUCCUCAUUAUUUCCAAAUUCACUUUUGCAAGCCUCAUAUAAGGAUCUCCUUGAUGCCACCGAUGGUUUCUCCUCAUCAAAACUAAUUGGUGCUGGUAGCUUUGGUUCUGUAUACAAAGGAAUUCUUCGAGAAAGUGGAGCAAUUAUUGCUGUUAAGGUUGUUAAUCUCCAGCAUCACAAAGCUGCUAAGAGCUUCAUGGCCGAAUGCGAAGCCUUGAGAAAUAUUAGACAUCGGAAUCUUGUAAAAGUGUUAACUGUAUGUUCAAGCAUUGAUUCUCAAGGAAAUGAGUUCAAGGCUCUAGUUUAUGAAUUCAUGGCUAAUGGGAGCCUAGAUGACUGGUUGCAUCCUCUUCCUAGAGUUGACGACACACCAAACAAGUUAAAUCUUCUUCAAAGGCUAGAUAUUGCCAUUGAUAUUGCUUCGGCCCUUGAAUAUCUGCAUCACCAUUGCGAAACUCCGGUAGUUCACUGCGACUUGAAGCCAAGCAAUAUUCUACUCAAUGAUGAACUAGUUGGGCACAUCGGUGACUUUGGGAUAGCAAAAUUCAUUUCAGAUUUCUGUAGCAGUCAUCAGUCUAGUACUAUUGGAUUAAGAGGAACUAUUGGUUACGCUCCUCCAGAAUAUGGGCUAGGAGCUGAGGUGUCAAAACAGGGUGAUGUGUACAGCUAUGGCAUUCUCUUGCUGGAGAUGUUUACUGGGAAGAGACCUACUCACGAUAUGUUCAAAGAUGGAAUAAGUCUUCAUGAAUUUGCUAAAUCAGCUUUUCCAGAUAGAGUGGUUGACAUUUCAGAUCCAAUUCUCUUACAUGAAUUAAGGAUAAGAGCAAAUAAUACUCCAAGUUCAAGUAGCACACCAAGUUCAAGUAGCACACAACACAACAGCGUUACAGAAUGCUUGAUUUCCGUAGUCGGAAUUGGCGUUGCUUCUUCAGUUGAAGCACCCGGAGAGCGUAUGAUCAUCAAAGAUGUUACCAUGAAGCUGUCUUCUAUUAGAGAAAAGCUUCUGGCCGCUCGUCCAACCUGAUGAAUGACUUCUUGUUAGAGAUGACUGCACUAAAAGCAAGCAGCUAUUAACAUUCUUCACAUCCAUGUCAGAAUGCUUAAUUAUUUUUCUUCUGCUUUAGGUGCAUAAGAUUGAUGACUUGUCAAAGAUGCCAGUUCAGGGGGCUUGGUUUUUUUUUUUUAAUCAAAGAUAGUAAUCGACUCUUUAAAGUCUCAAUUGUUAGUGGUUAGUUACGGAGGCGUGGUUCGAACCCACAAUCUCUUGAUGCAGUUAGAGACACCUUAGCCAUCUACGCUAGGCCCACAUUGGAGGCUUGGUGGUUGGAGUGCCUAAGAUUGAUGAGUUGAAGUGAGAAUACUUCAGAAAUAUUUAUAUUUAAAAAUAGUGUUUUGGUGGGAGAUGCCUAAACUUUUA